UUGCUCCGCCAAAAAUUCAAAACCUAUUCGGGCACCGAACUUCUAUCCGAUAUAAAAGAUCUAGUUCUGGAUCAAUUCGGAUUCGACCUCAAAAAAGCCACGUCACCAUUUCUAACCCUCCGAAAGUCGCAAAAAUGGGAUUGCUCAGAUUAUACUACGGUGGAUUUCAGGGAACUGGUCCAGGCGGCCCGAAAGCCCGUGAAAUAUCUACCGGAUAACAAGUGGGCCCAUCAAUUUUUGUUGGGCAAAUUUGUUGGCGUCACUUAUGUGGUAGGUCUAAUUGCCACGUGGCAUUUUUUGUGUGCUCAGCCAAGUUUGCUCAGCUUUUUUUUCUGCAGAACUACACGGACUCUCGAAAAAUGCUCGGGGAAAUUGAGGAAAGUUGGCAUCAUUUGAACGAAAUGCUCCAUGAAUGGAGCCCAAGGGAGAUUGUGAAAAUUGGCCGGAAUCCAGAAAUUUGUAGGUUCCGCAGGCAGUGGGGAUCGAUCCCGCGACCUUUUUCUUGGAAAUUUAGAGUCUUGUGGACUUCUAGAGCCUCCUGAAGCCUCCUGAAGCCCUCUGAAGCCUUCUGAAGCCUUCUGAAGCCCUCUGAAGCCUCCUGAAGCCUUUUAGAGCCUUCUGAAGUCCUUAAAAGCCUUCUGAAGCCUCCGGAAGCCUUCUGAAGCCUCCUGAAGCCCUCAGAAGCCCCCUAAAGCCUUUUUUUUGAGUUUAGAUAAGCCCCACCCCAAAAAACUCACAAAUCCACCAAAAUCCAUCAAUUUUCCACCAAAAACUCGAUUUUGCACCCAAAAUUCCAUCAUUUUUCCUGAAAAAACACGAAAUUUCACCUGGAAAACGAAAAAAAAAGCGAAAAAAUGGAAAAAUGCCAACAAUGCGCUAAACAACAGGCAAGCCGUCAUUUAGCGGAGUGUCGUUGUGAAAAAUGCGUUUUUUUUUUUUUGAGAAAAUCGAUUUUUUAGUGAAAAUUGAUGGAAAAGUGGGAUUUUGGAGGGAAAAAAUACAUUUUAAUAGAAAAUUUAUGAAAAUUCAGGUUUUUCUGGCUGAAAUUGGAGAAAAAAAAUUGGAUUUUUAGUGAAUUUUGAGCUGAAAAUUAGUUUUUUUCUCAGAAAAUUCUGAAAAAUGCCAACAAUGCGCUAAACAACAGGCAAGCCGUCAUUCAGCGGAGUGUCGUUGUGAAAAAUGCGUCCCCUGACCCUUUGAGCCAGAAAUUUCGAGAAAAAAAUUGGAAAAAAAAUUCCGCAGGCAACGGGGAUCGAUCCCCUGACCUUUUGAGUCAGAAAUUUCGAGAAAACAGCAAAAGCCCAGCCUGAAGCUCAGCCUAAAGCUUAGCCUAAAGCCCAGCCUAAAGCCCAGUCCGGCCCGGCCUAAACCCCACCCUAAUUCCAGUAUCCCUCCAUCACGCCCUGCUCAAAUACCCAAUCGCCAAUCAAAACGGCCUAAUCCUCUCACACAUCGAUCCAGUCGCCGAACUCCUGGCCCUAAAAGCCCAGGCCGCCAGCUUAUUCUCAACGGGCCUCACCCGGCGGGCCUCCAAAAAUUAUAGGCUUCAAGUAGGCCACCAGAUUGCUCAUGUUAACAACACCCAAAAUUAUGAUUUUGUGAUAACUUCUGGAGUGCUCGAAAAACUUGGGCUCGGAAGUUUCGGCGAAGAAUUGGACGCGUGGGCCGAUCUGGACCUGCUCAAUAUUUUUCACUGCGUUUUGCGGCCCGGCGGCCUUUUAUACCUCGAAUUACCGGUCGGAAAGGAUAACAUCAUUUUCAAUGGCCUUCGGAUUUAUGGAAUUCUACGGAUUCCGAUGCUCAUCUCGGACUUCGAAUUGAUCGCCACCUUCGACUCCGAACAUCUAGAACCCUCGGAAAUUUCAGCCAAAUUCCUGUGGGAUAUCGAGAAUUUUCGGGCGGCCCGUAGAACUUUGGUUUUGCGAAAAACUGGAUUUUUAUAA